AUGUCAGUAUCCACAGAUAAGCGUGACCUUCCAAUGAUCACGGACCACGAUUGGACAACAGAUCAUUGGAAGAAAUUUUGGAAUUCUGCGCCGGUUAUUCCGUUCCAGCUCAAUGAAUUUAACCCCGAAUUAUUGAAGCGUGAAAAAAUGCUGUUUCCGAUAGCGGAUAAAAAAUACCGAGUGCUUUUUCCGUUAUGUGGGAAAUCAUACGAUAUGAAAUGGGUAGCUGAUAAAGGCCAUACCGUCAUUGGUGUGGAUUGCUCCGAGAAAGCAUUGACUGAUUUUUUUAAUGAGCAUGGCGUGACUUUCGUCGUGAAAAACGACGGCAGUUUCAAGGUCCUGCAAUCGACAACAGUGGGCUGUAAUAUCACCUUAUACGUCGGCGACUUUUUCAAUUUACCAAGUGCUUCAUUCGAAAAAUGCGACGCAGUUUUUGACUACGGGAGCGUUAUCGCAAUAAAACCCGAAGAGAGAAGAAAAUAUGCUGAUGUCAUCAAUAAAAAGACGACAAGGGACGUCAACUAUCUGUUAUGUGCGUUUGACUUCAGUGGUUAUAUGGAUCCAAAACCGCCAACGUAUGCAAAUUCACCUGUAAUGGUUGUCGAUGCGUUUGGGGAUAUAUUCAAUAUAAAACCCAUACUUGAAGUUGAUAGAGAGAGAUACCUCCGUGGUGUACCUAAACCAGUAGCGAGAGAACAUUAUUACUAUCUUACGAAGAAGUGAUCAAUUGUUUCAUUACUUUUGCAACUUGCUCCUAUCGGAAGAUUAUGUACUUUUAAUUCUGAUUUGGACUAUUUUUGAAGCCAAUUUGUAUAAAAUCAUCGACUACUAGAACAAGGAUGGGCCCCCUGCAUUUGGAUAAAGUGAAAUAUCUAAAUUAUGAAUUACUAAAAUAGUAUUAUUAUUUUUAUCUCUGGUUAAUCAAUGUCAGCCACCAUCAAAUCACAACUAAAAUGUAACAAAUAAUGUGGCCUUUUGAAAAAAUUAACUACUUUUUUCAAAAAAGAUUUCCCGUACGUCGAAAAAAACUUCAUUCCUUUGUCCUUCC